UAGGAGAGUUGAUCCUAAUCUAAAUAAGAGAAGUCUUGGAUAAAUGAUAUGCUUACAAAGGAUAAAGUUCCAUGAAGUAAGACUUCUAGGGAAAGUAGAAUACUGAUCAUUAUAUAAAAAGGACACCCUGUGGGUCUAAGAUACGCCAAGUGUUACUUGAGUUGUUAUCUUGGAGAGAUAAGUUGAUUGAUCGUCGGAGUGUUCUGGGUGGAUGAGCCACCGAAUGGUGGUGUUUGUUGUCAAGGAGAUCUAGUUUGGUUGUGAGGUCAAAAAUCAACACUCACAGGAAGAGGAGAUCUAGUUUGGUUUCCCGUCGGUUUCCCGGGUGGAUGAGCCACCAAAUGGUGUUUGUUGUUAAGGAGAUCUAGUUGGGUUGUUAGGUCAAAAAUCAACACUCACAGGAAUAGGAGAUCUAGUUUGGUUUCCCGUCGGUUUCCCGGGUGGAUGAGCCACCAAAUGGUGUUUGUUGUUAAGUGAGGUCAAAAAUCAACACUCACAGGAAAAAAAGAUCUAGUUUGGCUGUGAGGUCAAAAACUAACACCCACAGGAAAAGCAUUGGUGAAGUAAUAAUGGAUCCAGACAUUGGGAAGAGCAUGGACAGGAUCAGCAAUUUGCCAGACGCCCUUCUGUGUCACAUUCUUUCAUUCCUUUCAACCAAAUAUGCAGUUGGAACCAGCAUUCUAUCUACAAGAUGGCAAUACCUCUGGACUUUUGUCCCAAACCUUGAUUUUGAUGAGUCUCAACUCUUCCACGAAUAUUCUCUAUUGAGUGAAGAUAGAAGGAAACAAGUUAAUGUGAUGUUUGUGUACUUUGUUAGUAGAGUAUUAAUGCGAUUCAACGAUGCACCAUAUUUACGAAAAUUCAUUCUCAGGAUUGAUUCACUUGAUGUUCCUGACCUUGAUCUUGAUUUUGAUCUUGUCGAUACAUGGAUCUCAGCUGCAAUUAUACGUAACGUUCAAGACUUGGAGCUCCAAAACUUGAUUGAGAAUAAUGUUAUGUUGCCAGAUUGUCUUUUCACUAGCAAAACAUUAGUGACUCUGACACUUUGUGAGGUUUUCUUAGAUGUUCCUGAUUUAGUGCGGCUUCCCAAUCUUAAGAUCCUUAACCUAGAUUCGGUUGAAUAUGAAGAUGAAGACUCAUUGCAAAAGCUUUUCUCUGGUUGCCCAGUUCUUGAACAAUUGAAUUUAGAGAGGUGCAUUCUGGAUAAGCAACAGGUUGUAAGUGUUUCUGUGUCUACGUUGAAACGUUUGAAAGUAGUUUGGUACAGAGAAUAUUUUGUUCUCGAUGAAUCUGAUGAUCUAGUUUACAAACUUGUGGUAGAUGCUCCCCAACUUGAACGCUUUUAUCUCAGGGAUAAUGUGUCAAAUGAGUUCUUGUUCAGGAAUCUAUCAUCCUUAUCUGAAGCAUCUUUUUGUGUUGGACCACCUUUCUAUGGAUCCAAUAAUAACAGUGGCGAUGCUUUUCACAUAUAUAAGCUUCUUAGUGGGACUUCAAGUGUUAAGCUUCUUGAUGCAUAUUUGUCCUGCCAGACUGAUGCCAAUGAUUAUGUGCUGCCUACCUUCCAUAAUUUGACCCAAUUGAACUUUGGUGCUGCUAUCAACUCUAACUGGAAUUUGAAAUUGUUAGCAGACUUUCUUCGGUGCUCGCCUAAUCUUGAAGUUCUUAUUCUUAAGGGAAGUUACUACAAUAAUACAGCUAAAUCUUGGAAUCCACCACAAGAAGUACCCAGUUGUUUGUUAUUACAUCUCAAAAAAAUUGAAUUCAAAGAAUUUAGUGGGAAUGAUUGCGAGCUUGAAGUGAUAGAGUAUUUGCUGAAAAAUGCUAUAGUUUUGAAGAAGAUGACAAUCGACUGUCAAUAUUCAGAUGAAUGCUUUUGUGGGCAAUUAGCAGUGUAUCCAAGGGGUUCAAUGACUUGUCGCCUUAAUCUCCUUAUUAUUGAAGUUGUAAUGGAUCAUUCAAUGCCAAAGCGCCACAAACCUCUCGAUAAACCCCAAAUUGCAGAACAAACCCUAGGCCAUAACGAUGCCAACAAUCUCGGAGAAGAAGAAGACGAAGAAGAUAGGAUCAGCGAUUUGCCAGAUUCGAUUCUCUGUCAAAUCCUCCAAAAACUCCCCACCAAAUUCGCCAUCGGCACCGCCAUUCUAUCCUCCCGAUGGAAACCCCUCUUCUACCAAAUCCCUAAUCUCAGUCUCGUCAUCAACGACACCCUGCUCUUCCAUCCCAAUUCCGAUCCACUAACCCUCAAUGCCACUUUCAUCAGCUUCAUGUAUCAUCUAUUGUCUGUCACUCUUCGCGAUGUCCCCAAGAUUCGCCAUUUCUGUCUCGAUUCUCACCAAGACUACGGCAAUGUCCACAUCGAUUCAUGGGUCUCGAUCGUUUUGAAGCUCAAGGUCCAAGAACUCGCUCUCUUCUUCGAAAAAACCAACUGUGGAGUUUCGAUUCGUGGUAUUUUCUCUUGUACAACGCUUGUUCAUUUGUUAUUGAGUCAACACCAUGUUCUUAAUGUUCCGAGCUCUGUUUGUUUGCCCAAUCUCAAGAGUCUGUUUUUCGACUCUAUUCAAUUCGCUGAUGGUGAUUCUUUGGAGAGGAUUCUUGCUGGUUGCCCUGUUCUUGAAGAAUUAAGUCUGGAAUGUGUUGAAUUUGAUGAUAUUGAGGUUCUUCACAUCUCUUUACCUCUUGUUAAGCUUUUGAUGAUGCGUAAUUGUCACCAUGAAAGUCAAUUUGAGUUGGUGCUUGAUGUGCCCAAACUUGAAUUACUCCAUUACAAUGAUUUUGUAGCAGACGGGUAUACUGUGAAGAAUAUGAACUCUCUUCUUAAAGCUCAUAUUGAUGUGGGACUCAGUGAUGAGCAAUUGGAAGAAGGUGUACCGCUCUAUGAUUCAAAUGUAGCAGAGUUUGUUUCAGCUUGCUCUAACGCGGAAUUACUGUAUUUAUCGCAAGUUUCCAUGUCGGCCAUUCAGUAUUCUUGUCGCCCGAUGCCUACUUUUCAUAAAUUGACCAAAUUGAAGCUUGGUACUAUGAAUCCUAGUGGGUGGCAAUUGUUGCCACACUUGCUUGAAAGGUCACCAAAUAUUCAAAUUCUUGUCUUUAUGGAGGGUUUUUUGGAUCAUAAAGGGUGCUACGAAAUAUUUGAGAGAUGUAUGUCAGCAUUUGUUCCUGUUUGUUUAUCAUUGCACCUUCAGAAAAUCAAGAUCGAGGGAUUCAAUGGGAAGAAAGAUGAACUCAAGCUGAUAGAAUAUUUUUUAAAGACUGCGCGGGUUUUGAAAACGGUGAAAAUCCGUUGGGCUUGUUUAUAUUGGGAGGAGAAGCAGGUGGGCAUUUGGAAAGAAGUGUUGAUGUUGCCAAGGUGCUCUAAGAUUUGCCAGAUUGAGCUUGCCGAAUUAAGGUGAAUUUGAUAUGAUGAAUUUGAAAGCCAAACAUAAGUUGCGAAAGGACGAAGAUAAGUAGAGGAACACAAAAAUGAACAUUAGUGGAGUAGCUGCUAUACUUCUAAGACUUCUCUAUUGUGAAAAUAUUUGCAAUGUCAGGGUUAAUCCAUGUGCACUUUUUCUUUUGUUUUUUUAAUGGUUCUGUAUAUAUGCAUAUUGUGAGGAUAAUUAUAGUGCCAAAUUUUCUUCUGACCAUUGUGUCUUUUAUUUUACUUAUCAAAACUGUCGUGAUUUGAGAGUUUUGUGAUC